GCGCGACUUCCGGCGCGCGCGGAUGACGCAACGGGGACUUCCGCAUUGGGAGCCGGCGACUUAAGACUCGAACGCCCAGCUCUGGGGUCCAGGCAGCCCGCGCGGCCCACGGGCCCAAAACGGUGAUGCACCGCCGCGGGGUGGGAGCCGGCGCCAUCGCCAAGAAGAAGCUCGCCGAGGCCAAGUAUAAGGAACGAGGGACUGUCCUGGCUGAGGACCAGCUGGCCCAGAUGUCAAAGCAGUUGGACAUGUUCAAGACCAACCUGGAGGAAUUUGCCAGCAAGCACAAGCAGGAGAUCCGGAAGAACCCUGAGUUCCGGGUGCAGUUCCAGGACAUGUGUGCGACCAUUGGGGUGGAUCCUCUGGCCUCUGGAAAAGGAUUUUGGUCGGAGAUGCUGGGCGUUGGGGACUUCUAUUAUGAGCUUGGCGUCCAGAUUAUUGAAGUGUGCCUGGCCCUGAAACACCGGAAUGGAGGUCUGAUAACUUUGGAGGAACUACAUCAACAGGUGUUAAAAGGAAGGGGCAAGUUCGCCCAGGAUGUCAGCCAGGAUGACCUCAUCAGGGCCAUCAAGAAACUAAAGGCGCUGGGCACUGGCUUUGGCAUCAUCCCUGUGGGCGGCACUUACCUCAUUCAGUCUGUUCCAGCUGAGCUUAAUAUGGACCACACCGUGGUGCUGCAGCUGGCAGAGAAAAAUGGGUACGUGACGGUCAGUGAAAUCCAAGCCAGUCUUAAAUGGGAGAAGGAACGAGCGCGGCAAGUGCUGGAACACCUGCUGAAGGAAGGGCUGGCCUGGCUGGAUUUGCAAGCCCCAGGGGAGGCCCACUACUGGCUGCCAGCUCUCUUCACAGACCUUUAUUCCCAGGAGAUUACAGCAGAGGAGGCCAGAGAAGCCCUCCCUUGAGGGAGUGUGAAGGGACACACAGCAGCAGCUGGAAGAGGGAGGAAAAUCAUGGUGAAUAAACCUGGACAAUUUUGUUUAUCAAAGAAAAAAAGUUCCAAGUU